AUGACGGCAGCGCCGGGGCUGCUGGACGCGCCCCUGGACCCUGAACUCCUCAGAGGGGUGCCACUGAAGGUGUGCUUGCAGGGCAUCGGAAAGCACUGGAAGCGUUCCAUCGCUGCGAGUGACAGUAGUUCACUGACUGUGGAGAAUAGCUAUGGCUUGAGCCAAAAAACAGAUCGCAUUGAUUUCUUCUUCAGCCAUGACUGGGAGACCUCGAGGCUGCUGAAAUGGCUGAGCCUCUUGGUGAUGUUUAAUUCCCAUGCAGCGGCCACUGCGAUGAUGUUGGUGACCACCUGCCUGGUCGUUCUGGCUGCCAUGGGAGGUCUCCCCAUGGUCCUCUGGCCUUGGCUCCCGGUGUUUUCAAUGCUCAGCUAUGCCGUGAUGUUUCUUUUUUGGCAACGGUUUCGCUCUUUUUGUGGGAAACCUCUGCUGGUCUUCCUGGACCGUCUAUGCAUCGCGCAACAUGAUAUGGCGCUGAAGGAGCAAGGCAUUCGAGGCCUUGGAUCCUUCCUGGAGAAAUCGCAGAAUCUCACCAUCCUCUGGUCCGGCCGCUACUUCUCGCGCUUGUGGUGCCUGUAUGAAGUCGCAUCCUACCUGAAAGAUGAAAGGAGCGAGCAUAAGAACAUUCAAAUUCUGCCUGUCCACCUCUGUUUACUGCUGUGUAUUGCAUCCGCACAAGCCACGAGUUGGAUGUUUGCUAUCCAUUUGGCAGUGGGCACCAUGGGCGUGGAUGGCUGGUGGAUCAUUGAAAAUCCAGUGCUGUUCAACCUCUUUGGGCGCGGGGGUGCGGCAUUCAUCCCCGUCGCCUUGUACGUGGGUUUGGGCUGUAUGACAAGACUCUACCAACUGCCUCGACAGCUGCAAAAUUUUCGAGUUCAGGACGCCCAGUGCUUUUGUUGCUCCAAUGGCCAUCAGCAUCCAGAGACCGGCAAAGAACUUCCGUGCGAUCGAAGGCUGGUCUUCAGUGCCUUGGAGAAGUGGUUCAGCCGGGACGAUGACGUCGACGGCGAUUGGAUGGAGCGCUUCAAUCGGAUGGUUCGAGAGAAACUGAGCAGCCGCAUCGCUCACACCGUUGGACGAGGUUUACCACCUUUCAAAUAUGUCUUAUCCACGGUUUGUGUGGCUCCCGUUCCUUACAUCGGUUUCUUCAUCGUAGUUUCUUUCAUGGGACUUGAGGACGAAGAAAUUGAUGGCCAUGACUUGGAUAAGGAGGAUGACAUGGUCUUCUUCGUGCUGGCAGAGUUGAUGGAGUUUCUGCUUCCGCCUCUAUAUGGUGUGUUCUGCCUUCUCUUGAUCAUUCAAGUUUGCCGUUUGGUUUUUUACUUCUUCCAGAAAUUGGGAAUUUCGACUUCCGUUCUUGCUCACCCCUGUCGACGUGCUUUGCUCGCUCUGCUGAUCAGUCCGAUGUUGUGGGCCGUGUUGGUCUUUGGCAUUUGGGUGCCUAUGAUAGGAGAAUUUUCCGAUGGAGGGGAGUUACUGCCAGAGGUGAAGGGCAUCCUCUACUUGCUGUACUGCGCGCUGGUGGGUGCCUUCUUCUUUCUGCCCGAGCUGGACUGUUCGCAGCCAGGCGUGUCCACCAACGGUGGCACUUGGCGAGACCCUGGCACCAUCCUCGGCAGCGGCGAGAUCCCGUCAAUCUCCGGGACGGCUCUGAAACCAGGUGUUGAUUCGGCGAUGGGAGAAGACCUUUGUCGAGAAAUUGAAGAAGAACUCAUGUCGGUGCGUUUUUGA